AUGACAGAAGAUCCUACCUUAUACAGGACAUUAGGUCCAAUAUAUAUAUCUUCCAUCCAGCCAUUGUUGGAAAAUGAAGAUUUACACCAGAAAUACAAGAUCAAAACCAUCAUUUCGGUAACAAAGUCAGACAUACCGCUGACAUAUACCAAGGAGCCAUAUACUCACCUUCAGAUUCCCAUCGAUGAUUUACCGACCGAAAUAUUACUUCCAUUUAUACCCGAAGUCAACCAACUGAUUUUGAAAACUAUAUACAGACCAUUAUCUAAAGAUGCUCUUGAUAGCUCUCUCAUAAAGGAAAACAAAGUGCAGAAGCCAUCGCUGUCCGGGGAUGCUGUUCUGAUUCAUUGUCAAUCAGGGGUAUCAAGGAGUGUAGCCUUUGCUUGUGCUUAUCUCAUGAACCGGCACAAUCUUCCUCUCUCACAUGCGUUGCAUGCAAUUAGACGAAAUAAUUCGGGUAAAACGUUCCAGCCAAACGAUGGAUUUAUGGAGCAACUUGAAAUUUACCAAGAAAGUGGAUGGUGUGUCGACGUUAGUAAAUUACGAAAAACUUCACCUCGUUGGAGAGCAUACCGCAUGGAAUAUCUUAUAACAUCAAUGAUACACAGUGGAGCAAUUGCUGACGAUGAAAAAGAUAGCAAUUUCAGCAAGAUUGAAACUUCAAGUGAAAAGGACCCAAAUUGGUUUGGUUUCAAAUGUGCCAAAUGUAGAUCGCUUCUAGCGAGUAGUGAAGUUUAUAUUCCACACUCACCGCCAUUUGAAAAAGAUGAUAAGCAGAUGUAUUUUAUCAAAAAUGCAUUCAGAAGUAAAAGGGUGGUCAACGUUCAAAAAGGACAUAAUGAGUGCACUCUUAUAUUUACAGAACCACUUCUUUGGAUGCGUGAUAAAUUGGUGAAUGAAAAUAGCUCCAGCGCAGACAACACUGACACAGGAAGGGGGAAUGAAGACCAUGAAGCUCUAGAAGGAAGAUUAGAUUGUUACAAAUGUGGAGCAAAAGUUGGGGGGUGGAAUUGGAAAGGUGGAAGAUGCAGUUGCGGUAAAUGGAUGGUGCCAGCAAUAAAUCUACUCAAGUCAAAGGUGGUUCAAACGGAUCGUAACAAUAAACUGAUUUUGCCUAAUGACGAUAGAGCAGUCUGA